AUGCCGAACACAAUAGACGGCGAUUAUCACCAGGUCAUUGAUGGUGAUAGCUCAGUCCCAGCAGUUCCUGCGCCAGCCGAAGUUUACAACCAACCACCGGCCCCUCCUGCGAACGAUUAUAAUGUCGCUCCUCCUGCUCCUGUUAGCAAUCAAAUCGAAGUGCAGCCUGCAGUACCUGCAGCAACAGCACCUUCAUAUGUUCCGUAUCCACCUGCAGCACCUCCAAUUGUCCAAUAUCCGCCUCAACCAGUUCCUGUCCCGGAACCACGAAUUGUUCCUGUAGCAGCACAACGUGCCGUUCCUACAUAUGGUGGCGGUGUACCGUAUUAUAGUGGUUACUUUGAGUCACUGCAGUGCUUCAGCGGUGAUACAACUGUACAAACUCCUAAUGCUAUCAAACGGAUUGAUGAACUGGAAAUUGGCGAUCGAGUUUUGUCGAUUGAAGAAUCAUUGGUUUUGUAUUCGCCGGUAAUGAUAUUUUUGCAUCGAUCGCACAACGAGUCAGCAGUUUUUAAUAAAAUCCAGACGGAUGAUGGAAAAGAAGUGAAGCUGACGGAUUUCCAUCUACUCUACGUAACAAACUGCAAGGCUAGCGAGCAGCUCCGUUUGGUUCAUGCAAAGGAUGUUCGAAUCGGGCAGUGCUUACACGUUGCAAGGGAGCAGUCCAACAGUUUGCUGCCAAUUCGAAUUGCUAACAUCGAGCGGGUUGCCGGGAAAGGAAUUUAUGCACCGCUAACCAAAUCUGGUGAUAUUGUUGUCAAUUCAGUGCUCUCGUCGUGCCACAGUAAUCUUGUUGCUCAAACAUUACAACAGUCAUUUUUUGCGUUGCUACGUCGCUUUCAAUCGUUGCUACCCGCAAAGGUUUCGGCGCUUGACUCUCAAACCGGUCUGCUUCCAGGCGUUCACUACUUCAUAGAAAUUUUAAACCUAUUUCUACCAGUCUAUACACAUUCCUAG